AUGAACUGUUAUGUUAAGUACCAUACAAAUGAUGGGAUGCGAUUUCCUAAUCUCCGACAUUCACAGGAUGGGGAUGAGGCCAAUGCCGCGCACUUCGCAUCUCAGUUAACAAACAUUGAACGAGUUGACGCGCUUUGUGAAGUAUUACUGUUUAUGGCCGCCCAAGGUCAUUCACCUCGGUCCAUUAUACUGGCCUCAAUCGCUUAUUUCCUAUCAGCAAUUACUAUUGUUCUGGCUUGUGUGAUCACAUUCUUCUGGCUCCGUCGGUUGAAAUUUGUGAGGUACUAUGCAGCUGUCAGGAAUAAGGGGUGCAUUGAAAUCUAUGCGCCAGAGAAUAAUGGAACACACGACGCUGACAUGGACCACGGUGAGAACGAGAAAUUCACGUCCAUACAUAAGGGCAGUUCAACAAGUUCAACUACCCCGGACGUGGACUUCUGCAAUCCGAGCAGAAAUGGGGAGAAUUCGAGUGCAGUGAAUCUGGAGGAUCUGAACACCGUAGACACAACAACCCCGGAGUCCACAUUACCUGCGAUCAGUGCGGAAAAAUUGGAAACCCAUUCACUGAUCCGUGCCAGUGAAACACCGGUCACGGAUUCCAGGACAAACGAUCUCCCAGCGGGGGAUGUGCAAGUGUUGCGCAACUGUUUUGGAAUUUGUUGCUUCUCGCGGCCCACCGGUGUUCAACGAUGCCGUGCCUAUUGGAGUCGAUACGUGACUUGCUUCCGGGAGUGUUGGCCACAUUGUUUGAGUGUGUGGUCUGUUUUCUUCUGUUCCCUUUCCGCGUUCCCGGCUAUCCAAUCCAUGGUUAAACCGGUGGAUUCGAACUUUUUCAUCUCGCGUGAGUUAUCCCCUCUCCCUACAUAUAUACGUUAA